GGGUCUGAAUUAACUCCAAUAUUAACCCUGAUUCUCGUCAUUUUUCUUCGUCAGGGCUUUGUAAGAAAAACUCGAUACAAGGGCAUUUUAGUCAUUUCGGCCCAAGAAGCCCGGGAAGGCUUAAAUAUACCCAAAACAACAGCCAACUGCUCUCCUUUGACACUUUCAGCAACCAAACCAAACCAAACCAAGAAAAGAAAAGCAGUAUUCCUCAAAGCAAAAUCAUUAAGCAAUGAUCAAAACAAAUCAGAAAAGAAGUGGUUCAACUUCAGAAACUCUUCAAUUCUUUACAAGCUGCUGGUGAUCAUGGCUGCACAUUUCCACCCACCCACAAUUCUCUGUCUCUUCAUUCUCCUCUUCAUUUCUGAUAUUCCUCAAUUUUUUUCUCAAUCAACUUCUCCACAAAACAUCCAGACUUACUAUCCAUUUUCUCCACCGCCACCUACUCCGGUAAAUGAUCAGCCUAACAUCCCUCCACCAACCACCUCAAUCCCACCACCACAACCGCAACGUAGAUCAUCAACAAGGUCGGCGGUGGGGAAGGCCAUCGGUGUGACAGCUGCUAGCACUCUGGUCUUAUCCGGGCUUCUCUUCUUUUUCCUGCUAAGGUACUCGAGACGGAAGAGGGAGAACGGUAGCACUGCUGCUGCUGCUGCUCAUGGAGGGACUAACGCCGUGGCGCCCCAAAAUGGUGAUUUUAUGCGGUUCAACGGUAACGUUAAGGGAGUGAUUGUUGAUGAGGAUGGCUUGGAUGUGCUGUACUGGAGGAAGUUACAAGAGGGAGAAAACAGGAGUAGUUUCAAGAAACAGUAUUAUAAGAACUUGAGUGAUGAGCAAGAAGAGGAAGAGAAGAGAACGGUUAGUGACAGAGAGAGGAGGUAUAGGACACCAGUACAAGAAGCUCCUUUGCUUAGGGGAAAGUCUUCAACUUCUCAAAGUCCUAUUUGGGGAGACAAUGAAGAGCAGAUAUUCAAGAAAACACCUUCAGUUUCAACUCAGAUGGCUGUUAGAGUUGAGGGAAAACAAUAUUCAUCAGUUCAACUUGUCAAAAAUGCAACUUUACCUCCACCACCAGGAGCAUCACCACAAUCUCUGUCAUCAUUGCCACUGGUGCCACCGCAGAUACCGCUGGCUGUUGGGGCGGUUCCGAAAGGGAAAGUGGCGGCACCACCUCCUCCACCACCUAUUCCAUCAAACAAAGGUCCUGCUCCACCACCACCACCGCCACCUAGUUCUGGUUCCGCAGCUUCGUCAUUGAAACCACCACCUGUGCCUAAGGGAGAGCCUAGCAAGCGCUCGUCUUCACUUGGAGAAGACACAUCGAGCAAUGGGAAUGGACAGGUGAAACUCAAGCCGUUGCAUUGGGAUAAGGUGAAUCCAAAUGUAGAGCAUUCCAUGGUGUGGGACAAAAUUGAUAAGGGCUCUUUCAAGUUUGAUGGUGAUCUUAUGGAAGCACUCUUCGGAUACGUUGCCACGAACAGAAAGUCUCCUCAACGAGACGGGAGAUCAGCGAGCCCAAGUGGAGAUAAAUCAGGUCCCCCCUCUCAGAUUUUCAUUCUCGACACCCGUAAAUCCCAAAACACAGCAAUUGUGCUCAAGUCUCUUGGCAUCUCCAGACAAGAAAUUAUUGAUGCACUAAUAGAGGGACAUGGCCUAAACUCCGAUACAAUAGAAAAGCUCUCAAGAAUAGCUCCAACUAAUGAAGAAGCAUCUGAAAUCCUUGCAUUCGAUGGAGAUCCCACAAGACUUGCUGAUGCUGAAUCCUUCCUCUAUCAUCUCCUUAAAGCCGUUCCAUCUGCCUUCGCUCGUUUCAGUGCCAUGCUCUUCAGAUUAAACUAUGACACUGAGGUUUCACAGAUCAAGGGAUCCUUACAAUCUCUUGAAUCAGCAUGCAAAGAACUCAGAACUCGAGGGCUCUUCUUGAAACUCUUGGAAGCAGUGCUUAAAGCUGGGAAUCGGUUAAAUGCAGGGACAUCCAGAGGAAAUGCACAAGCUUUCAACCUUACUGCUCUGAGGAAACUAUCUGAUGUGAAAAGCUCUGAUGGAAAAACAACUCUGCUUCAGUUUGUCGUCCAAGAAGUCGUCAGGGCAGAGGGCAAACGCUGUGUGCUUAACAGAAACCGUAGUUUGAGCAGGACAAGUAGUCAGAGCAGCAAUUCUGGGAGCCAAAGCCUCGAUCAGUUUGCGUCCAAAGAUGAUAAAGAAAGGGAAUACAUGAUGCUCGGUUUGCCAGUGAUCGGUGGCCUAAGCGCCGAAUUCACAAACGUGAAAAAGGCAGCCACAUUGGACUUCGAUCUCCUUGUCAAAACAAGCUCCGCAUUAGCAGCUCAAGUGGUGGAAACACGAACAAUAGUGGUGAAAUGCAGACCUGAUGGAGGAUUUGCAGGCGAGAUGAAUGGUUUUCUUGAUACCGCUGAAUUAGAAGUAAAAGUACUCAAGGAAGAGCAAACAAGAGUGAUGGAGAUCGUCAAGAAAACAACAGAUUACUAUCAAGCGGGAUCGUCCAAAGAUAAAGGAGCGAAUCCUUUUCAGCUUUUUGUCAUAGUUAGAGAUUUCCUGGGAAUGGUUGAUCAGGUUUGUAUAGACAUUGCAAGAAAUGUGCAGAAGAGAAAACCUGUAUCAUCUGUUGCUGGAUCGUCAUCACCUGGAUCUCCCAGAGUUUUCAGGUUCCCAAAGCUUCCAGCAAAUUUUAUGUCAGAGAGUUCCAUGAGCAGUUCUAAUGACUCGGAUAAUGAUUCAGAGGUAUGAUAAUGAAAGCGACAGGAGUUUGAGUUUUGUAUAGACAAAAAAGGAAGAAAAUUGACACUGCAAAUGCUUUAAUUUGUUGUUCUAAUUCUUCAAGUGUAAGAUUCUUUUCCAUUGUUAUUCUGAUUUGUAUAGAAAGGAAAAGAGUUCAUUUUUUUUCCAAUCAUUAGUUACCUGCUUUGUUUUACAUCUUUGCAGUCCUGACAAGAUCAUAUCUCAGAACAAUGGUCAGAAUUUUUUAUUCUCUUGGCUUAUAUUUCAUGGAGAUAAUUUAUUUUGAAAUAUGCAACUGAAGAUGAUCUCUUAAGGAUCUUGCAUCAGGCAAUGAAACAGCCCCUACAUAUUUUACCAAUAGCUGCCUACAGAUUACCAGAUUAUAGUAAAAGCACAGCAUCUUAUUAAUAUACAACAUUUGCAAUAAACUGACAUGUUCUAACAAUUCCAUAUCAUUGGUAAGGGCAGUUCUCAUCACCUACUCUCCUUUCAUCUAACGGUCUUGGAUGAGUGGUACAAGAAGACAUUUCUUUUCACAGAAUUACUCAAUAGCAGUCACUGCUGCUCUUCUACCAUCUUUAGUCUGCAACGGCGAGUCACAAUCUCACCAUCAAAUAAGCGUCGAAAAUGUUCUACCAGGAAUCAAAUUUAAUAGGGUUGGAAUGUGCUAGUACAAUACACAUUAUGGUGCCUCAUUUUGAUGAGAAAACUCUCUGUUGAUACACAAACAAAUAUAACCUUCUAUAUACAAACGAUCUCCCACGAAUAAGAUAAACAGAAUUGAGUUUCUCCACGCAGGUAUAUGCAGAAACUAGUACAUCCUAAGCUCUAAUCUCCUAAGCAAGAUAUAUGACCUCACGGCAGGAGGGAUAUGAAU